CCGGAAUAGCUCUUGCCGCGCCCCUGCCAGAGCUCUCGGCGGAAAACGGACCGCUAAUGGAAGACCCCAAUUUUCACCGAGCCGUGGAACGCAGUCAGAGUUUGGUCAACAAGGUUUUGAACGACAUACCCGAAGCGCAUAAGUCCUGCGUUCGUUCGAAGAGCCUGACUCUUCAGCCGUCCAGUGAGUCCAAGAAUCUACAGUACAUGGAGUCCUCUCUGGAGAUCCCUCGUGCCCCCACCCUCAAGGGCCUGUCUGAUGAGUUUAAACUGGAGAUGUGUCUGGACCGCAUGUCUGAGGGGCUGCAGAUGUACCAGGACCUGCUGGGGGUGCUCAGCGACCGAGUGUCCACCCCUGAGAGGCUGACUGACCUGCGGGCUGACAUCACAGACCUGCUGGCACAAGUUGUCAAGAUGCGUGAGAUGGCCCGUCUGGAGACGGGGGUGAAAUAUGCAGGCUCCGGUCUGGCCUCUCGUCUCACAGGGGACUAUGAAGUGCAGGUGGCCGCGCACCUCAUCCUGGUGCAGCUGCAGGACUUCUCCCGUGACAUCUUCCGUAGCCUGAGAAACAUGGCCGAGACCCAACCAGAGGUGCAAGGGUAGGUCUGCAAGUCACUUCCGUGAUGUCCCAGGGGCGAGGAGUGGACAUAAGCCACUUCAGCUGCACAGCCAUCCUUGCCAUGCAUUAUGUAUCUUU